UGGGAGCCGGCCUGGGGCGAUGGACCCGGAAGCCCUGGAGGGACCGGGGGACCCAGAUGACGGAGAUGAGGCCGCAGCCCUAGCGCUGCGGCCCGAGCCUCGCUCUCUGCCCCUCUCGGCGCUGUCGGCCUUCAGCUACGUCCCGCCGCGGCGCCAGGACCCCGAGGAGCAUAGCUACUUCCAGCGGCAGGGUCAGGUGGGCGGUCCUGGGGUCGAGGGUACUGGCUGCCCCGGACCGCGGGUGACCUGGGGCCGAGCUGGACUGUGGGGGGCUCGGGAGCUGACCCGACUGCGGGACCCGGCCGUCACAGCCCUGGAGGAGGCCACGGGCCCCGGCGAGCGGAAAAGGACUGUGGGGGUGCUGACGUCCUCCGUCUAUGGCAAGCGCAUCCAGCAGCGCACUGAGCCUCUGAACCGCGGCUACGGCCGUGUGAACCACGUGCAGGCGGACUUCUACCGGAAGAACGACAUCCCCAGCAUCAAGGAGCCGGGCUUUGGGCACAUCGAGCCGGCCUGACGCAGGCCUCGCGGGCAGGCGAGGUGCGCCCAGCUGGUCACAGUCCCCAGGGCCUGGCGGUGGGGAAUGAGCAGCUUUUUCUCAGCUUGUCUGGGUUCGAAGCCAGGCCAACCUUUAAUACGUAUUAGGAAUGUGUAGAGAAGGUUUUACCGGGAUUUAGGUCAGAUUAAAUGACGCUGGAGAUGGGCUGAUUGUGAGCACCCGAAUAAAAGGAAAACCUGGUUCCCUUCUAGGCCGGCUGGCUUGGUCUCGGGGCUGCACUGUCUCCCUCUUUGCGGGACUCCGAGGGAGGGCCGCGGGAGGGGAGGGACAGUGAUGGGGGACGCUGCUAACACACACAGCCACGCCUUCCCGGCUCUGCGGGAGGUGAAGUGAGCCCGCCUUUGCCGCAGGCAAGCUCCAGCUGGCCACCUCUGCUUUCCUAGAGAUCUCACGCACAAAUAACUGAGGAACAGCCCUGAUGGGAAUGGGUGGAUCCUUGUCGCCUCUCAAGGGAGAAGUGGCUAGAGGCGUUGGCGGGGAGGCUGCAUUUGGGGUUUCAACCGAUUUGGGGAAGAUUGUGGCCGCUGCCUUUUGUCCGUUAUGGCCUAAGGCAAGUCAUUUGAACUAGUCUAGCCUUCAAGUUCUCUCUCUCUCUCUCUUUUUUUUUCCCCGGAACCGGGGAUUGAACUCAGGUCCU